AUGGCACCGCCGCUUCGCAUCACCCAUCCUCGCAAGCGCGCCAAUGCGGCACGCAAGGCAGCCUCUCGGCAACACAGAAGCGUACAAAGCACCAACAUCCCUGACCAGGAAGAUUCCGCCGGGCCCUCUACUCCUCUCUGGAGCCAGGUCCGCGCCCUGGAGCAGGCCAACGCCGCCCUCUUCCUCAGCAACGAGGAGCUCGCCUUUGAAUCCGCCCAGCAGCAGCGCCGCAUCGAGGACCUCGACGCCGACAACGAGCGGCAGCGCACCGACUUUGCCGCCGACCGCUCCCGACGCAUCAAGCGCGCGUCUGUCACCCUGGGCGACCUCGCCAAGACGCUCUGCGCAAAGCGCGCCCUGCAGGGGCGACUCGACGACGCGCACGCGCAGCUUCUCGCCCUAGAGCGAAAGCACGAGGACGAGCGGGCGGCGCACCGGGCCGAGAUGCGCAUCGUCAGGGCGCAGCUCGCCCACGACAAGCUCGAGAGCAAGAUCCACCGCGCCGCGGCGCAAGUGGCCCACAGGAUGUUUGAGAACCCGAAGGACGGGCGCGCGAUGAUUGACAUCCUGAAGCGCUGCCGCUUGGUGUUUACGGGAUCCGAGGCGCCGCCGCCGCCGAGGCCAGCGUCACCGGAGCCGCACGGUGCUGCUGAUCCUGUCGGCAUCGUCAAGACCGAGCAGUGCCGGCAACCGCAGCAGCAGGAGCUUGUGUACACGCCACAACGUCCGACAGGGCAGCCUCUGACGCCUGAAUCGCUGACGGGCGACCAGGGCUCGCCCAUGAGCUAUUCGUACAAUACGACGCCUCGCCGCGAGGGGCUGCGGCCGAGAACAAGAAGAUACGUCGACCCAAAUGGCAGCCCGUGGAACCUGAGAGAGUAG